AUGCCAAUUUCCCGCUCCCUAUUCAUGACUCACACUGAUGGGAGCAUGACGAAGGAGUUCGAGAAGUCGUUAUACGACCUCAUCCGAGGUUUGCGCAACCACAGAGGAAACGAGAGGGAGUAUAUACAAGAUUGUCUGCGAGAAUGUCGGUCCGAGGUUCGCAGCCAGGACAUGGACGUCAAGGCCACCGCCUUGCUCAAGCUCAUAUACCUCGAAAUGGUCGGGCACGAUAUGUCGUGGGCUUCGUUCCAUGUCCUCGAGGUCAUGUCGUCGCCAAAGUACCAUCAAAAAAGGGUUGGAUAUCUGGGGGCAGUCCAGAGCUUCCGGCCAGAUACAGAAGUUCUGAUGCUAGCAACGAAUCUCUUGAAAAAAGACUUGAAUGCCACCAUGCCAACCACUAUUUCUCUCCCGAUCGCCGCCCUCCCUCACAUAAUAACACCGUCGCUGGCCCUCUCCGUACUGGCAGACUUACUACCUCGCCUGAGUCACUCGCAUCCAACCAUCAGAAAGAAGACUAUCGUAACUCUGUAUAGACUGGCGCUGGUGUACCCAGAAACACUGCGCGCAGCGUGGCCGAAGAUAAAGGACCGCCUCAUGGAUAAGGAUGAAGAUCCCAGCGUCACAGCCGCCAUUGUUAAUGUUAUAUGUGAACUUGGAUGGCGGAGACCAAACGACUUCCUCCCACUAGCACCAAGGCUGUUUGAGCUUCUGGUAGAUAGUGGCAACAACUGGAUGGCAAUUAAGUUGAUUAAGCUGUUUGCUACCUUGACGCCGUUGGAGCCACGUCUCGUCCGAAAGCUCCUGCCACCCCUGACUAGCAUCAUCCAGACGACACCUGCCAUGUCCUUGCUGUAUGAGUGCAUCAAUGGUAUAAUCCAGGGCGGUAUUCUUGGAGAUUCGGAUGACGUCUCUGGCGGGGACGAGAUUGCGUCUCUCUGUGUCACCAAACUUCGUGGCAUGAUUAUGAUGAACAGCGAUCCCAAUCUCAAGUACGUGGCCCUUCUUGCCUUCAACAAGAUAGUGGCCACACACCCUUUCCUGGUCGCACAGCAGGAGGAUGUGAUUCUGGAGUGCAUAGACAGCGAGGAUAUCACAAUCCGCAUCAAAGCACUCGACCUGGUACAGGGCAUGGUUAGCACCGACAACUUGGUAUCCAUUGUUAGUCGCUUGAUGAGGCAGCUCAAGGCUUCUUCCUCGACGUCGUCGAGUAAGCGAAACAGCGCAUCACAGCCCGACCCGGAAGCUUAUUCCGAUGACGAUGACGAGACGAGGAAACCUCAGUCGCCCAGAACGGAAGAACAAACGCCCCCCCUCCCAGAAGAUUAUACCGUGGACGUGAUCGGGAGGAUACUAAAAAUGUGCUCGCAAAACAACUAUGGAAGCCUUGUGGAUUUCGACUGGUAUAUCGACGUACUCACUCAACUUGUUCGAAUCGCCCCUGUUCCCCGACAGAGGCAGUUGCAGCUGGGCUUCUCAUCCCCGGUCUCUCAAGCAACAGCAACCGAUGUUUCCGAAAAGAUCGGGGACGAGAUCAGGAAUGUGGCUGUGAAAGUCAAAGCUGUACGAUAUGCAGCGGUCAGAGCUGCAGAUUCCGUCAUCUCCCAGCUCAACUCGGAAUCCUCAUCCACCCACCAUGUCGUCUCUGGCGCAUUAAAGCCCGCUGCUUGGUUGGUUGGGGAGUAUUCCUCACAGCUACCGAAUCCCGAGGACACCUUGGGGUGUUUGCUUCAACUAGUUCCCAGGACGAAGAACCCCGAGUUAUUAACAACAACACUACAGUCCGCCAUCAAGAUUCUGGCCCUUAUUGUAGGGGAUGAUCGAGCAAUCUGGACCGCCGAGCGCAAGUCUAGACUCUCGCUUCUCAUGGCCCGUGUUGUCCACACUCUUGAGCCCUUGGCUUCACACCCCUAUCUGGAGGUCCAAGAGCGGGCUGUAGAAUUCACGGAACUGCUGAAACUCGCCGUCGAAGCUGCCUCCGGGCAAGCGGCGGCCACCGACGAAGUGCACCAGGAUCCUCCUCUUCUCCUCACACAAGCAUUGCCCUCCCUGUUCGGCGGAUGGGAACUGAAUUCAGUUGCUCUCGGCGCACAAGACCAUGUUCCCAUACCAGAGGGACUCGACCUAGACCAGCCGAUCCACCCUAAUCUGAAUGGGCUGCUCGCACAAGCCGACUUCUUGAUGCUGCCCGCCGAGGAAGAGAAUGAGUUCGAAGACUACUACUAUAAGAGGCCUCCGCCCACGGCCAUCGCAAACGAGCCUGCGAUUGACAAGCUAGCCGCUGCCCCGGAGGAGAUAGUUGGCUCGUACCAACGAGCUGGCGAGGAAAGCUAUCUGGAUCCCGACAUUGUCGCGAGAAGGAAAGCAGAACGCAUGGAAAGGAAUAAAGACGACCCAUUCUAUAUCCAAGAGUCUGGAAGAUCGCCCGGGAGUUCCACCCCAAUCCACAACAUUCUACGUCAUGAAAACGGCCCCGACCUUGAUAUCGACUCAAUCCCCAUCAUGCAACUCGAUCUUGAGAAGCUGGACGCUGGACUGGGCAAUACAACGUUAACCGAGAGGCCGGCAUUGCGACCCAAACCACGCCAGAGAGUACUGAUCGCAGCCGACGAAACCCUCAGCGGCAGCGGGCGCUCAACGCCGCGGCAGUACGAGUCGGAGAACAGCACGGACAGCGUCCCCAAGUCAAGGAACAGAAAACUCGCACAAUCUCUUCUGCAGGUCGACUCGAGCCACAUCGGCAGUCUCAGUCUCGACUCCAACCAAACCAGUAUCGGAUACGACCCCGAGCAACAGCAACGGGAAGAAGCCGAGAUGACUCGAGCCGUGAAGGAGGUCGAGAGGCUGCGUCUCGAGAUGCAACGCGCCAACGAGCGCAUACAGAUUGCCCAGGGGGUCCCGGCCGAGGGCACCGUGCUCAAGAAGAAGAAGCCGAGGAAGCCCAAGGCCGACGACGAGGAAGGUGGUACCUCGAAGGUCAGGAAGAAGAAGAAGAAGCCCGCUGCUGUGGCCGAGGAGGGCGGAGAUGGUGGGACAGCGGGGGCCGAUGCCGCCGAGGUGGUAGUAAAGCCGGCCAGGAAGAAGAAGGCGGCGAAGAAACUUGUCGCACUGGAUGAUGACCAGGCAGGAUCAGGUCCUCAGUAA